UUCGGAUUAUUGAGAAAUCGGGAUGGUGCAGACGUAUCAGUCACCCGUAAGGGUAUAUAAAUACCCUUUCGAACUUGUCAUGGCCGCAUAUGAGAAAAGAUUUCCCACCUGUAAAAUGAUUCCAGUGUUUCUCGGCUGUGAGGUUAUUUCAGAACACAAAACAGAAGAUGAAGCUGAGCAUGUAGUGGAACGCAGGUGUAAACUGAAUGUGGACGCACCUUAUAUACUGAAAAAGAUCAUGGGCGUUGAUCAUGUGUACUUCAUUCAGACAAAUGCCUUGGAUAGGCGCAAUCGUGUCCUGAAAAUAGACGCCCACAACGAGAGUUUCUCUUCAAGGAUCAUAAUCAACGAACACUGUCAAUAUUCUGUACACUCAGAAAACCCAGACUGGACCUGUUUUGAACAGAGUGCAAGCUUAGACAUCAAACAUUUCUUCAAUUUUGAAAGCAUGGUCGAGAAGAUAGCUAUGAAACAGUAUGCUGCUAAUAUAAAAAAGGGUAAGGAAGUGAUAGAGUACUACAUCAAUGAGAUUCUGAGUUCUGGUGUACCAUACACACCACGUUGGCAGCCUCCAGAGACUGCAGCCAUUGAUAUCAAGACAGAUGAUACUCCAUCCCAGGACAGCGGCUUGAGAAGUCGUUCAAACAGUACCCACAGCCACAGCAGCCAAUCCAGCCUGGUAUUAGGCGCUACUGCAGCCACUAUCUGUACCAACAAACUCCCUAUUGAUCCUGAGGGGUUGUCUCCCCCUGACAAAGCCGGAAAGUUGGAAGAUGUAUAUAUUGAGCGUUUCCUUGGCUCACUCACUCCAGUACAGGAGAGCAGACUGGUACAGCUGCGACAGUGGCUACAAGAGACUCACAAAGGAAAGAUACCAAGGGAUGCUCACAUUCUGCGUUUUCUCAGAGCACGUGAAUUUAACCUGGACAAGUCACGUGACAUGUUGGUGCAUUCACUGGCCUGGAGGAAACUCCACAAUAUUGAUCACCUGCUGGAGACUUACCAACCGGGUGACAUUAUGAACCAGUAUUACAGCGGUGGUUGGCACUACAACGAUAAAGAUGGACGGCCAUUGUAUGUCCUCAAACUUGGGCAAAUGGAUGUGAAGGGGCUAAUGAAAUCUGUUGGGGAGGAGGUACUCCUUAAACAUGUUUUAUAUGUGAAUGAAGAAGGGUUGCGGCGAGCAGGUGAUGCCACUCGACUGCGAGGUUUCCCUGUAAGUGCCUGUACAUGUAUUGUGGACCUUGAUGGCCUCAGCAUGCGACACCUGUGGAGACCAGGAAUCCGGGCACUGCUCAGGAUCAUAGAGAUGGUUGAGGCUAACUAUCCAGAGACCAUGGGACGCCUGCUCAUUGUGCGAGCUCCAAGAGUUUUCCCUGUACUAUGGACACUUGUCAGCCCGUUCAUUGAUGAGGACACAAGACAAAAGUUCAUGAUUUAUGGAGGCAAUGACUACCAAGGGCCAGGAGGUCUCAUUGAGUUUAUAGACAAGAAAUACAUCCCUGACUUCCUUGGUGGAGAUUGUUUUUGUGAUGUGCCUGAAGGAGGUUUGGUACCUAAAUCCCUCUACAAGGAGGAGUUUACAGAAAAGGCCCCAGAAGGCCCACCCCUCAGUACAGAUAGCUUGUACCAGACUUGUCACAUUGUCAAAGAUUUUCCUCAUGAGGUGAUGAUAUCCAUUCCACAGAAAGGAUCUGUGAUUACUUGGGACUUUGACAUUUUAAAGGGUGAUGUGACAUUCACUGUACUACGGUGUAAACAUGAGGUGUCUGGGGACCCGCGGCACCAACACCACAUCAGCGGGGCCAUGGGCGGUAUCGGCUCUACGCAAUACAUCGACAAGACCAUGCAAGUUGGCAUGGAUCUAAGCAUUGUAGAGCCGCCUCAUAUAUGUAGGGAUGGAGAUAGUGUACAGGGUUCUCAUGUGACUAGUCAGGUAGGAAGUUAUAUACUACAAUGGAAGUACUUUGAUGCUGGUAAAGCUGUGUUUGAUUUUCCACUGGCCACACACAAGUCUAAGGUCAUGUAUUACACAGAGGUACUGGAGUCUGCAGCCUUCAGAGGGUCAAUGACAAGCUUGCAGUCAAGCCACAGUGCAUUCUCCUCGCUUAGUAUUGGCACAUCACAGAGCAGUCUGUCUGCAGUCACACCUGAUGGCAUUCACAGGCUAAAAAGGUGACAGAAGCUUGAAGAUUUUGACGGAGAGUAAACCUAUUUCACUGAAAUUCUAUUGGAGCUCUGAAUGAAUGUUCAGGUCAGUGACAUGUCCUGGAAUUGGUAGAUAGCUGUCUCUACAGUCGAAGAUCACCAUACCUACCUCAUCAUACGACCAGCCAACAAGGAUGUGAAGCUAAACUGUACCAAGGUUAUUGUCGUGGUCACACUUGUCAGUGGGCAACUGGUAUUGAUUGUUCCAUAUGGCCACAUUAUGAUAUGAUGAUAUCAUUGAGGUUUUGUACAAUGUCAUACAUUGUUAUCUUUUCUCUCAAUACUUCACACCAACUUCUUCAGUCUACUCCAGUCCAUACCCAGUUUGGAAUUUAAUGCUAACCACUGGAUUUCACUCCAUUUCUAGUUAAGUUAACAACAUGAGCUACUGCAGUCCACUCAAAACCUGGUUAAGUAAAUAAAACUAGCUGCUGUAGUCCACUCCAAACAUUGUUAAAUGCAUAACACCAACUACUGCAGUCCACUCAAAACCUUGUUAAGAAAUAACUGUCCAGUCCAGACUCACUAGAUAACAUCAACUUAUCUGGUAUGCUAUUUCUGUGUGAUGAUAUGCAGUGGUCCACCAGUAGUUCAUAUAAAUAGAUGACAGUAGAAUGACCGUAUCAUUAUUUCCAGUGCUCUGCUUGUUAUUGGAUAGAAGAGAGUUGUCUCCCAUCGCCCAUGUGAUAAAAUUGUUACUGUGAUAUGUAGUUUGGUGUAGGUUGUUUGUUGACUCUGAUCCAGAAGAUAUUUUUAAUUGACAUUAUCUCCUUCAAUGCUUACCUGUGGUACUGUUAUGAAAUCAGAUUCUAAUGCCCAACAUUGAGAAUGGAGAAAAAUUCUAAGGCAUUGUUCAAUCAAUUUGAACAAGAUCUUUGUUACAGUCAUUGUUAAAAUAUCUUUUUUUAUAUAUGUUGAUUAACCCAGAAGAACAUGGAGUUGGACAGUACAAGCUUGAUAUUGACUUGUAAAGAAUAAGGAUAUUUAUUUUUUAAUGACUAUUUAUUAAAGUUUUAUUUUGACCGAGAACUCAGUGCUUUGUAGAUAAGUCUCGCUGCCCUGUGUUCAUUGAUGUGACAUUGUGAGUGCUCUGAAAUGAGAUUUUACUUGUAACUGUUAAGUAAUAAACCUUCAGUUCUAUGUAUACAAUGAUAUAAAAUGGAAAGAGAGGACUUUUAAUUUGUGUUACUUGUCAUGAUCUUUAUCUGAUGUACAAGGUCAUGACAGUGGAUGAUCAUGACAUCUUCUGGGCCAAGAUUUCCGAGUAAUAUGUUGUUCUAGUCAUAUAAGAUUGUCUACUCUUGGCAAAAUAUUUUAUCAGUGUAUAUUUUUGACAUGAAUUCUGACUUAUCAAAGUAAUUUUUACAUGAUUAAUCAUCCUUGUGUGUAUAAUCUUCACCAGAUCUGUGUAAUGUGUUAGAAAAUACUUUUAGGAAAGUUUGUCUCACACAAAUCAUAUAGUUUUAUAUCAUUGCUGAGAGGAUUGUGAGAGUUGAUAGCAGGACACAAUACCAGUAAAGGAUCUGAUUACUGUUCAAUUUUACAUUACAAUAUUAAUCAUGUUUUUUAAAUCAUGUUUGUGAGGAUGUUUGUAUCAAGGCAUUUUGAUAUUUGUACUUAUUUUUUGUAAUAUUUUAUUUGUUAAUUAUUCACUUGAAAACAAAGAAAUUUCUGAACUCAUAAGAGUACAUUUUGAUUUAAGAUGGGAAUAAAGAAAAGUGAGAAGGUAGAUUUUACAAUUUUUCGUGAUAAGGAACUUAAACAUCAUCUCUGGCACAGUUUAUUAGAUGUAAUCUAACCGACUGUUUCUUGUCACAUUGACAGUGUACUAUGACUUAUCAACAAAAGUGUUCCAUCAUUUUUUGGUUAAAAAGAAAAUGUUAGUUGUGCCAUAUUGAAGGUCAGUAUGUGUAAAUAAUUGCUCUUCCACUUUAUCCACAGAGGAGAUGUCAAAAUAUCUUAAUGAAUAAACUUGAUCUAUUUUACAACACUUUUGAAACAAGCUUAAUCUCAUAUUAAUCACUCUUGUUGGCCUGGAUGGAAGCCCAUGGGGGUCUUACUGUGGGAGGAAACCUGAGUACCAGGGAAGAACCCAUGUGGUCGACAGGUGACCUCGUCCAUUCUGGGAAUCAAACCCCAGAUAGCUAGGUGAAAGGUGAGUGUGUAACUACUGCGCCACCUGACCACCCUCAAAAUGUUUUGUUGCAGUGAUAUUUUUCCCCACAAUUUCUCGUUUUUUGAAGAUCAUUUUGCAUCAUAUCACAAAUCAUUUUUAUAUUUUUAGCCCACUAUCAUCAGAUGGUGGGCUAUUCAAAUCACCCUACGUCAGUUGUUCAUGGUCUGUCCAUCCAAAAAAAAUUUCUGUGAUCACUGACAGGCAGCCAUUUUGUAUUUUGAAAAGUAAAGUUUGCUAUUGCUAUUUCUUGAGAAAUACAGCAUAGAUCUUUCUCAAAUUUUAUGUAUAACUUCCUUUUUGCCCAUUUGAUUUAGGGUCUGAUCAUGAAGACAAAAUGGCCGAUUUUGAGUUUGAAAGUUUGUUUAUUGCUGCUUCUUGAGAAAUACUGCAUAGAUAUUUCUCAAAUUUUAUGUAUAGAUUCCUCUCUAGUUGUGCCUGUUCGUGUUUGGAGCUGAUCAGAAAAACAAAAUGACUGACAGGCAGCCGUCUUGGAUUUUGCUUAGUAAUGAUUGUUAUCCCUAUUUUUUGAGAAGUACCGAAUGGACCUCUCAGAUUUUAUAUAUAAGUUCCCUUUGUCCUCUACUUGUGCCUGUUUGAAUUUGGACUGAUCAGAAAAGACAAAAUGACUUUCAGGCGACCAACUUUCAAAGAGCAAAUACGGAUUAAACAAUGGUGGGUGCCAAGAUCGUUCUGGGAUCUCUUGUUGAAAUGGCAGUUGGUAUUUAACACUGGUUGGAUGCACAAGACCUUGAAUGUGUGGGGCCUGCAGUCUACAUAGGCCUGUGAUUUUUUGUGCUCGUAUUUGGAAAGUUAUCUCCCUUUAAAUGUUGAUUUACGUUAUCUUCCUUACAAUAUGAUACCAUGUACUGUGCAGGUAUUUUCCAAAAUGUCAGUACUUAACCUGAAUUGAUUUUGGAGUUAGGUAUCUAGUAUCUGUGUUUCAAGCACAGUAUCAAAUCUAAGUGGAAAUAGAAUCAGUCGUUUGAUUGAGUCCCUUACUGGUAUCAAAAUACCAAAGUUAAGAUGGGUAGCUAAUACCAAAAUAGCUUAGUACCUCAUAUCUUGGCUAAGUAAUUGAAAAUAUGUCUAUAUCUGUUAGUAAAACCAUGAACCAUGUUGUAAAAAGUUUGCUGAAGCUACAAUAUUAUAGCCGAGGUAGCAGUCAUCAAAUUAGACAAAGCAUGUAAUAGAUAUGUGGGGUAGUUGAUAUCGAAACUUAGGUAGCUACAUUAAACCUGAAUUUGGUAGCAGGUGUGAAAACAUAUCACCUUUAAAUGUUGAUCAUUAAAAGUGCUUCAUUGUCCCCAGUGCUCAAACUAUGUAAGAGUGCUGACAAUUUUAUUGCACUGGUGUUGUACAAAUAUCUGUUGUAGAGACACUUGGCUCUUUCCUGAGGUAUUACAGAAGAUAUGUAAUAGCUACUGUAAUAUAUUAAUCGUGUAUAAAUACUAUUCUAUACAUUGACCUGCGUGCCAAAUGUUGCUAUGUCUACUUAUGUGUGAAGACUACUUAAGGAAAUAAUAUACAUCAUUUAUUAUUUUGUUGGGACCGAAUAGUAGUUUCUUAUUCUCUGGAAAAUUGAAGCUUCUGCCAAAAUAUUUUUAUUGGAAUUCUAUUGAGGAUUGUUAAAAGUUCCCCGUCUCCUAAUUGAAACUUGUGUUUAUUGUCUCCAAGAAGUGAUACUUAAGAUUUCAGGAAAUGUGUUUUAUCACCAAUUUUUUUCUGAAAGUGUUAAAUUGUGACAUAGAAUUGUCUCACAUAUUUGAUAUUAGUCAGAGAUGUAAGUUUUGUAAUGAAAACAUGAUGCAGUGUGAACCAUGUUAUAGUGGGAACUGUUUCUUUGUCAAGAGGUACCUGUGGCAUUUCUUUAAUGUGCAAAUUUGAUAUGGUAUGGCAUCUGCCAAUUAUUAUAUUAUUAUGUGAAAUACUACAAAAUGUAGAUUGUGUAAAAUUUGACAUGGUUACCAUUGCCUUAAACAGUUUGACUUCCAGGUUGAUUCUGACUAUAAAUUAAAGAAGUGAUAAAGGCCAGAUGGACCUUUUUGUUUGAGGGAAUGGAUAUGUAUGUAAAAAUAUUGUGUGGAAAUUGGCAUAUCAUAAUUACCUAAUGUCUCAUGGCAUCUUCAUCUACAUUAUCAUCUUCAUUACCAUUCAAUGCGAUGUGCACAUGUGAGAAAAUGCCAGUCUGUAGUUUUCAUACUUAUAUAUAUAUAUAUACAAUAGUAUUACUUAUUCCAGUGAGGUUUCUAAGUACUUUUUAAAAGAAAAAAACAGCAUAUGCUGCUGUACUUAAUAAUGGCCCAAAUUUGCUGGAAUAGUGAUUUAAAUGACCUUGCUACUAUCACUGGCAGCAGACAUUCAACAAGAAUGUUAUUGGUGUUGUAAUUUCCUGUCACCAGGAAUGGAAUAGCUGUAGAAGUACUGAUGAACCAGAUGAUGUCGUGCAUUAUCUCUAUCUCAAUCACAUAUCCGAAACCUUAUAGAACUUUUUGUGUACAUUUUUUUCCACAGAGUUAUUACAAACUCUUCUUCACUUUAGUAUAAAUUCCAAAUAGCUAACCAUUACAUACCAGUAUAUAGAAAAUAAAACAUACAGGGUUAACAACACAUUAUUACAUACAAGUAUUUGAUGUACAGUUAAGAUAGCACACUACUACAAAUAAAUAUAUGCAAUAGAACACAUUUGUACAGGUAAAACACUUAAAUACUAGUAAAAAAAAACCCCACACUACUGCUUACAAGUAUAUGUAAUGUACGGGUAUUUGUCAAACAACAUUUUAUUUCCAACAUUUUCUUAUUACAAACACAAAUAUGAAAAAAAGGAAAAUAGGCUUAAAGCAAUUUCUAUAACUCUCCUUUAACACUUAAAUACAGGUAAAAUUAUACAUUUUACAUACUAGGAUUGGCAAUAUUAUAUUGACUUGUAUAUACAGGUAAAAUGAUAUCUAUUACAUAAAAUAUACGCAAUAUUACACUUACCGGGACAUAUAAGUAAAAAAAGUAUUUACUACCUACAGGUAAAUGUAUUAUACUAACCAGUAUAUACGGAAAUAAUUAUAAAAAUUACAUACCAGUAUGUGUAAUAUUACACUAAAUUAUGGUACAUACAAGUAUAGGUAAUAUUAUACUUACCUGUACAUACAGGUAAAAUGAUGCCUAUCUAUUACAUACUAAUAAAGGUAAUAUUAUACUUACCUGUACAUACAGGUAAAAUGAUGCCUAUCUGUUACAUAUUAAUAAAGGUAAUAUUACACUUACCUGUACAUACAGGUAAAAUGAUGCCUAUCUAUUACACACUAAUAAAGGUAAUAUUACACUUACCUGUACAUACAGGUAAAAUGAUGCCUAUCUAUUACACACUAAUAAAGGUAAUAUUACACUUACCUGUACAUACAGGUAAAAUGAUGCCUAUCUAUUACACACUAAUAAAGGUAAUAUUACACUUACCUGUACAUAUAGAUUAAUAGAAUCUUUCACCCUUGUGUUUUGUAGACAGGGAUAUCUCAAACCGAGGGGUAUUUUUUUCAAAGUUUAUAGCUCAAGGCCUAAAAUGAUGCCUAUGUUUUACAUACUAAUAAAGGUAAUAUUAAACUUACAUGUUCAAACUAUCAAAAUUAUAUUAAUUACAUCCAAGUACAUUAUAGAUAAACAGGUAAAAUAGUAUGGCACACUUACGCCAUAUUCAACCUGAGAUAAGCUGAUGAUGCCAACAUGGUAUCAGAUGGCAGGGUUAUUAGGACAAUAAACUAUGUGAAUAAUUCUACUGAAGAGCAAUACCCAGUAUACAAGGUAGGGCUUCUAACCAAGUAUGGGCUUAGCCUUAUAAAAAUAGUUAAAAAUGAAACGCAAGCUCAUAAUGUUAUACAACAUCACAUUAAAAUGAGUUUCACAACACAAAAAAGCACCCAAAUAAACCAUCGAGAAAUAUAUAAAACUGUGUGUAACUGUAUGUUAGCAGUAUCAUGUUGAUAUAUCGUAAGUAUGCAAUGGUUUCAACUGAUGUAUGUACAGUGAGGAAUGUUACAAAUCAUUGUUUGUUUUACCUUUGUGUAACCAUUUUGCAAUAACUUUUGAAUUGUUAGCAAUAAAAGUAAAACCAAACAGAUUACAGGUGUGUUUAUUUUACUUUCA